CAAGGCGAUUUGGAAGGAACGCAGAGUGAGAACACAAGAUUAGUUUUGGUCAGCAGUAUGACCUGCCCGAUAGUCGUGCCUCUCCUUGUCCUGGUUCUUGCCAUGGAGACCCGAGCUCAAGAGGACCCACUCUUACCCUUUACAGAGUGCCUGGAUUCAGAGGAGCUGGUAAUGCUGAAAUGGGGCUUUGACGACGUCCAAGGCAACAUUACCUUCGAGUUGUGCGUAAAUACCACAGGCUGGAUCAGCUUUGGGUUGAGUCCCAAUGGGGGCAUGACUGGGGCUGAUAUAGUCAUUGGAGGAGUGAACUCAGAUGGAUAUUAUUUUGGGGACUACCAUGCCAGUGGAAAUGAGAGGCCUGUACUUGACCAGAAGCAGAGCUACAGUCUGCUCUCUCUCACUGAGACCGAUGGACAGACCACCAUGAGGUUCGAGAGGUCCAUCAAGUCUUGUGACACAGAUGACCAUCCUAUUACUGAGCUUCCAGUCAAGCUGAUCUAUGCGUAUGGGCAGACUGAUCAGAUUGGGUAUCACAGACAGCGCCGGGGCACCAAGGAGGUGAAUCUGCUCAAGUACAUGCCUCGCUCCGACCCCACCCAGAGCCAGUACUUUGACAUGACCAUGUUAAAUUUCACAAUUCCUACUGAGGAAACCCGUUAUGAGUGCAGGAUAAUAAAUGCUCCCACAUUUGCUGAGAAACAGCACAUCUAUCGGAUCGAACCACUGAUUGAUCACCUGGAUCUCGUGCACCAUUUGCUUCUCUACAAAUGUCCGCCGCAGAUGAACAAAACCUUUCAGGGGCAAUGCUACAUUAAUCCCGAUCACAGAGUCUGCUUCCAAGUCAUGGCUGCAUGGGGCGUUGGGGGCGGGGACUUCGAGGUCCCAGAGCAUGUGGGGAUUCCUAUUGGAGGAGAUGAGGGGGGCUGUCUGUAUAGGCUUGAGAUCCACUACAAUAAUCCAACCUUGAUUGAAGGUCGAGUGGACAACUCAGGGCUGCGCUUUCACUACACAUCCCAGCUCCGCAAGCAUGAUGCAGGUGUUCUGAUGGCUGGUUUAGCAGUGGCCCCUGGGUACAGCAUACCACCCAAUGCCACAUCUUUUCACACAUAUGGUGUGUGUAACACUUCCAUUAACACAGAGGCUAAGGAUAUGCAGGUGUUUGCAACUGGACUGCACACUCACCUGGCAGGGCGGAAGGUUCGGGUGGGUCACUUUAGGGAUGGCGAACAGAUUGGAUUUAUGGCCAUUGAUGAUCACUACGACUUUGAAUAUCAGGAAGUCAAAAACCUGGGCAAAACAAAAACUCUUCAAAUGGGAGAUACUCUUCUGGUAGAGUGCACAUAUGACACCGCUAAUCGCAUAGGUUUCACAUGGGGUGGCUUGGGCACACAGGACGAGAUGUGUCUGGCUUUCCUCUUUUACUAUCCUGCCUCCAAUUUAACCAACUGCGUCAGUUUUCCUAACAUGGACGCUCUAAAGACUAACCUGGGAGCAUCAAACGAUAAUGAAUUCUACACUAUACUCAGCCAGAAGACAUGGGAUGAAGAGGCAGUCACUGAGUAUGAGAGGACCUUAAAAGAUAUCCCGCAAGACCUUAUGGUAGAUGAUGGAGAGAACACCUACUGGGGCACCAUUGACAAGAUCAGUGACAUGAUGGAGAGCCCGACACCCAGCUGUGACAGAACUCCACCGCUACCAGGGCCAUCAAACGCAUCCAACAUGGCCAGCGUGUCCUGGAUUCUGCUGCUGUUGAUCUGGGCAGUCAUCUGUGCAUUCUAAUGUUAGCACCAUCCCAGUGUCUUUUCAGGUCAGGUGUCUGAAAUUUCCACACCAAGCACCAUAUAAAUCAAGUGUUUGAUCACAUUAAAUCCUAGUUGUUCUGUCAUGCAGUGAUACCUUGUAAUCUGAGACUUGUACACUUUAAAUGUAGUUUAUUAAGCAGUUGAUUUGUGUGAGAUAAAACAAAAUGAGAUUAAGAUUUUCACCUGCUCUUCAUCUG